CAAAGGAGUCCAAGACUCCAAGUCGAGACGCCUCUCCCCUCCCCUCCCCUCCGCAGCCGCAGCCAUGGCAUCCGCCGAAACCCUAGCCCGCUCCCCAUCGCGCGAGCCCUCCUCCGAGCCACCCCGCGCCGCCUCCUCCGAGCCCCCGCGCGAGGCCUCCUCGGAGCCCCACCACAACGGCGAUGGCCCCGGCGCGGGCACCGGGGACUCCUCCUCCCGCCGCCGCCGCCGCAGCCGCUGGGAGCAGUCCAACGACGACUCCGCCGCCAACUCCGGCGGCGAGGGCGGGACCGGGGGCCGGAAGCGCAAGACGCGGUGGGCCGAGGAGGAGCCCCGCCCCACCAUCGCGCUACCGGACUUCAUGAAGGACUUCGCCGCCGAGAUGGACCCCGAGGUGCACGCCCUCAACGCGCGCCUCCUCGAGAUCUCGCGCCUCCUCCAGUCGGGCCUGCCCCUCGACGACCGCCCUGAGGGCGCGCGCUCGCCCUCGCCCGAGCCCGUCUACGACAACCUCGGCAUCCGCAUCAACACCCGCGAGUACCGCGCCAGGGAGCGCCUCAACCGCGAGAGGCAGGAGAUCAUCUCCCAGCUCAUCCGCCGCAACCCCGCCUUCAAGCCCCCUUCCGAUUACCGCCCACCCAAGCUCCAGAAGAAGCUCUACAUUCCCAUGAAGGAGUUCCCCGGGUACAACUUUAUCGGUCUCAUCAUCGGCCCUCGUGGGAACACGCAGAAGCGGAUGGAGAAGGAGACUGGUGCUAAGAUCGUCAUCCGGGGGAAGGGCAGUGUUAAGGAAGGGAAGCUGCUGCAGAAGAGGGACCUUAAGCCGGAUCCCAGCGAGAACGAGGACCUCCACGUGCUAGUUGAGGCCGAGACUCAGGAGGCUCUGGAUGCCGCAGCUGGCAUGGUGGAGAAGCUGCUCACCCCGGUGGAUGAGGUACUGAACGAGCACAAGCGGCAGCAGCUGAGGGAGCUCGCCGCGCUCAAUGGGACGAUUAGGGACGAUGAGUAUUGUAGGACAUGCGGAGAGCCUGGUCACCGGCAGUAUGCGUGCCCCAACAAGGGGACCACAUUUAAGAGCGACGUGCAUUGCAAUAUCUGUGGGGACGGUGGGCACCCGACGAUUGAUUGUCCAAUGAAGGGCACGGCUGGCAAGAAGAUGGAUGAUGAGUACCAGAACUUCCUGGCUGAGCUUGGUGGUGGGAGUGCACCUGAGUCGAUGACAAAAUCUAGUGGUCCGAUGUUGGCUCUUACAGGAAGCGGUGGUAGCGGUGGUUCUACCACUGGUAGUGGGAAUAACCCUCCUUGGUCUGCUGGUGGCAGUGUGGCUCCCACUUGGGCAAACGGGAUCAAGAAAGAGUAUGAUGAGACAAAUCUGUAUAUCGGAUACUUGCCACCUACAAUGGAUGAUGAGGGGCUGAUCAGUUUGUUUUCGCACUAUGGGAAUAUUGCCAUGGCAAAGGUGAUCAAGGAUCGAAAUACAGGGCAGAGCAAAGGAUAUGGAUUUGUCAAGUAUGAUGAUGUCUCACAAGCUAAUGCAGCGAUUGCUGCGAUGAACGGUCACCAUCUUGAAGGGAGAAUUAUUGCAGUUAGAGUUGCGGGCAAGCCACCGCAGCCAGCUGUUCCAACUGGUCCACCGGCCGCUCCAUUGCCACCGUCAUAUCCUCAUAUGGUUCCUGCUUCUGGUGGAUACUCCUCGCAGCCCUACAUGGGGGCACCACCACCACCGCCAGCACCUCCAGGGAGUUAUGCUCCAGUGCCUUGGGGGCAGCCACCUCAAUAUGCUUCAUAUCCUCCGCCACCACCUGGCUCCAGCAUGUAUAACUCUGCACCUCCUCCGCCAGGCCAGACUGCCCCACCUCCAUAUGGUGUGCAGUACCCACCACCACCAGCUCUGGUCCCUCCACCAGGCACUGCUCCAUCAAGUGAUGGAGCACAGAACUACCCUCCGGGUGUAACACCACCUAGUUCUGGUGCUCCCACUCAACCUGUAUCGGCUCCAGUAUAUGGAUCCUCUGGUGCACCAAAUGUGCCACCUAUGUACCCUCCACCACCUUAUAGUUAUGCUCCAUAUUAUCCUGUAGUGACACCACUUCAGCCACCGCCGCCACCGCCACCACCACCAGCUAGUGUUGAUCCAUCUCAGAGUAUUGCAACUGCACCAUGGGCCACCCACAAUGCACCGCCGCCGCCACCACCACCAGCUAGUGUUGAUCCAGCUCAAAGUAUUGCAACUGCACCAUGGGCCACCCACAAUGCACCGCCGCCGCCACCACCUUUGUCCUCCACCACCGACCAGCCUACUGCUACCUAUGGUGCUGAUGCAGAGUAUGACAAGUUUAUGUCAGAGAUGAAGUGAUGUGAGCCAAACUGGGGUAACUCUUCCAACAGAGGCAAAGGCUUGAUGUUUCUCGGAGCUUAUACCAACCUGAUUUAUUUCUUGUUGGAAGUUUGGGACUCACAUCUUAACCUUGCUGUGUGCUGUUGUGACCAUUGCAGAGGCUACAUGAUUAAGAAGGGCAUGAAGCAUUACUGGCUCAGCAGGCAUCAGAAUAUUUGCUUUAUCUCCAUCUUCAAGAACUAUUUCAAGGAACCUUUUACUAAUGCUUUUGUUAUGAUAUCUAUUCAUGUUAUUAUUUGAGAUUACCAUGUUAUGUCACUUUAAUGCUCUGUUGUUUGGUGACCCUGAUAAGUUUUAUUCUCACUAGUUCAUAUUUUGUUAUUCUUCC